AUGGAUGCAUAUGAACUUAUCGUUUUUAAACAAAUCAAACAAGUUGAAUCUUCUAAAACUCAUUGCGUAAUUGACUUAACUCGACCAAUAAUAGCUACGUAUAAUCGUAUAUCUACGAUUUGUCAUUAUAUUAUUCCAUUUCUGGUACAAGUCAUUUCAAUUAGUCUUCUCGUACUAUUUAUUGCACGAAGUCGCGCGAAGGCAAGUGGACAUAAACUUACAUUUCGACAAGUAUUGAUGAAGCAAUUUUAUACUCAAAAAGAACUUUAUAUUACACCUACCAUUAUCAUACUAUCAGCUUUACCUCAAAUUAUUCUAUCAACUGCUUUAGGUUGUACAGAACUGAGCAAUUCACAGCGACAUUUACUUCGAAUCAGUUACUUACUUGCAUAUACUCCUCAAGCAUUGGGCUUCAUUCUCUAUGUACUACCAUCUACUGAGUAUAGGAAAGAAUUUUCACAAACAUUUUUAGGUAAAAACCUGUUGAAAAACCAGUAA